CCAGGUUUGUGCUUUGUUCUGGUCUGCACUAGCGGACACUCGACAUCGUUUUUCGGAAUUCGCGGGAGCCGCCGCUGGUCUGGGCAUGACUCAUACACCACCUUGGCGACCACCACCAGCGGACGAGACGGCUUGCCUCAGUUACAGUUGUGCAGCUACUGCGGCGUUUGCCAUCGUGUGGCUCCUAGCUCUGUCUUGUCUAUUGGUCCACUGCUAACUUCGUGCGCGUGUUUAUUCUUGUUCGCCCAAAGAACUUAUACCCCUUAUACUGGAGGAAUAUGGCAAGGAAACUGGUCGAGGUUUCUGACGAUUCCGCUGCAUCGUCGAGCAGUGCCAGCAGUGGCGAUACCAACGGAGGCAGAUCAACUCCCAACGGCAUACAACGACCACUUCUGCUGCCUCUGCAGACGCAGAUGAGCAUUCCCCUCCCACUGCUACGCAACACGCCCACGCACGAGGAGACGCGGGAGGAAGGCCGAGUACUUCUCAGCUCGUUUGUGGACUACCAGGUGGCACAGGAAGGAGCUGCCAUGGAUGCCGGAGCUGGCGGCGAGUCCAUCGGGGACAUGGUAUACAGUCACACCAUUGACGAAGAAGACAUCGGCACUCCGCACAGCCGCACUGAAGCCGAGGCCCUCCACCCUGUCUACCGCAACAUGGGUCGUGAGCUGCGUGCUCUUGCCGACCGUUUUUCACAGAGCAGGGAACGCAUACGCGUGCGACAGGAAGCCGACUCGCUGGACAUCUCGAGCCUGACCCGAGAUAACCUCAUGACGCUGAUGCUCGAGCUCUUUGAGGAUGGCUUCAGCCGCGAGAGGCUCGUCACGUUUUUCUUCUUCUGCAGCGACCUCAUCCUGAAGUCGGUCCGGUGCUCUGUGGGAGGGCUGCGAUGGCAAGUGGUUGCCUGGGUGUGGGCUUUCCUGCGUGACCGUGUCUGCUGCUGGGUACUCCAGCGCGGUGGAUGGGAAGCCGUGCUCACAAACUACCUGCCUAAGUUGGCCAUCACGGCCGCAGGCUUUGCCGUGUGUGUGGGUGUUGUAUUUUACAUUUGGAAGAACUGGUGAGCAGAUGAGCGGGCUCUUGAAAGCCUUUGGACACGUUAUUUGCUCAUUCUGCAGAUCGCGCAUAACUUUUCUUUUUGUUUCUCGCAAUUUUAUAAUUGCUCAUCUUUUGUCAAAUACUGGCAGGAGAUUUUGUCGUACAUUCAAACUGUCAGGAAUGUGCCAUUGUUGAUUUGUUGCCACGGCUGUCAUCACAUGCUGCCAUGUGGGUAUGAACAUUGACAAAGCAUUGGUGGACAGGCAGUCUUCCUUGUGCAUCUCAUCAUUUGUUCUUUUGCACUGCCGUGUUGACGUUCCUCGCAUUAAGGAAUGUUGUUAUGCAGUCAUUAUUUAUGUAGACACUUUGCCUGUUAGCAUCAGUGUGCUGGCUGGUUUUAUGUCCCUUUGAACUACGCUUCUGUGCCUUGGGCUGUGAUAAUGAUAUAGGUCCAGUGGCAAGAUGUUUGCCUUUGCAUAGGCCACUUCAAGACUCACCCAUGCUACUUGUGCUAAUUUAGCCAAAGCAUCUACUGAAAUAUUUGUGCAGAAAAGAGAACUUUUGAACCCUGUCUGUGACAGAGGUAACCUACAUUUUGACGUUGAAGUGUGGUAAAAUUAGUGAUAAUUUAAUAAUACAUGUUUCACGUCACUUAAGAGACAUUGUUAAACUCUGAACAAGAAGUGUGACAAACGCCCCAGUUCAUCAGAAGCAGAUUUGCCUUUCAUUUUUGCUUGCUUGCAUCUCAAAAUUUGAGGUCUGCCACUUCCAUCAUCAACACUUUCCAUACUUUGCAUCUCAGAAUCUGAUUUGUUUAGCAAAACUAUUAAGCAGGUGGAAGUACUCUCAAAUUGUGACAUGGGUGAUGUACUGAUGUGUGCCAUUCCAGAAAUUCCUUUUGUCCAAGGUUGGCAAGCAUGGUUCCUGGCCUUAUAUGGCCCUUGUGUUGCUCACUGGACAAACCAGUACUUCCAGUGUUUGGUCCUUGUGUAUUUGUCAGGUGUAAUAUAUAAGAUGCAUUUUGUGCAGCAUCAUUAUUAUUUUUUUUUUGUUCAGAUCUCAUGUUUUGCCAUAUUUGUUGCUAUUUCGGUGUGUGUGUGUGUUCUUUUUUGACACUGUCAGACUUGCAAAGCAGCAGACAGUGGCAUCAAUAACUGACCGAGAGGGUUCUCUCUCCUUUUGUAGAAUGCUUUGAACACUGUUCGAGUUUUAUAGCUCUUUUGCUAACUCGUAUCCCUCUUAAUCGCUAGUUCUUACUAAUUGCAUUGAUUCAUUGUAAAUGCAGAUUUGUCAGUUUUUUUAUAUACCUACAUUCUGGGCUCUUCUACAAGCAUGUGUUGUACCAGGAUAUAUUUUUGUCAUUGCCUACCUAGUAGGCAUUAAUUUAAGUAUUAUUGCUCACAUGCAUUUCUGCGUGUGUGCAUGCUCGGGUGAAGACAAAUUUGGCAGGCUUUCCGUGAUGCAAAUUGCCAGCAAUAAUGCAGGACACAGUUAUACAGCUAUUGCUGUUAUGUGGCCAUCUUUGCCGACAUACUUGUCUGAAUUAUCCCUUGACUAUCUUUCAGGACAUAGAGCGUCUGUAACAUUCUAGCAUCCACCAGACACAUCAGCUCUGUGUGCAUCUAAAGUGUUCCACUUGUCUUGCCAAUAAUGUGCCAUUUCUCUAGUUCCAGACAAAGCAGUCUAAGUCAGGUUGUGGCCGAACCAAUUUGUUUAAAUAAAGCCGGUCUCUUGGCACGGGAAUGAAUUUUACAAUGUGGAUGCCUUGUAUAGGAUGGGCUCGCAGACUGAUUGGUGCCCCGUGCUGCUAAAGCUAUUCUGAUUUGCCCUUAUAUGCAAAACAAAUAAAAGGGAAACAAGAAUUCUAGCUUGAUUGUGGGGCUCAAGCUUUCACCUGACAGUUAUUCUGUUUGUGACCUGGCUUUAACUAAGUACAAGCAUCCACAGCAUCAAAGUGCUUUUACUGCCUGUAGGGGGCCAGAAAUCUUUUUGCUGCAACAGAGUUGGAGCGACGAAGCCUCUUGAGAGACAACCAGUUUGCUGUCUGUAAUUAGAUUCAAGCUAAUAGAGGUGAUUGAUUGCUUAAAGUGACCUACAGUUAUGUAUUGAGUUCUAUGUAUUGUUUCCUUGGUUUUGUUAUGGUUCAACAUUCGUUUACAAUGAGCUGCUGUAACAAUGGCAAAUGGAGCACUCCGUUUUGUGUAAAUUGCAACAGCCACUCCUCAAUGCCAUCAAUGGGCUCAGUUCAUUGCCUGUCAAUUCUUGCAUGGUGUUUUUGGUUUUUCAUUCUAAAGAUUUUUUUUUUUUUUUUUUGCAGUGUUGUGAAGUUGAAAGAACAGUACUGUGCCUUUUUCCAUUUUAAACCUGUUGUUUUAAGCGUAUCCCGCCCAGAGUAAUGAGAUUGGCUGUUGUCAACACUCCUUACCCGCUGCAUGUGAUGCAGUAUUAAGAGGUCACACAGUUGCUCAUUUUGAGAUAACGCUGGUGCUCUUGGAGAUUGUUUCAUGAUGUAGGACUUUCGGGACGUAUGGCAGAAACUUGCUAACAUAUCGUCUCACCCUGUCUUCACUGAAUGUAUUUUUAUUUGUUCGCUUGAACUCUCUUGUGGCUCAAUUUUCUGAGGUUUAGUUGUGAUAAGCAAGAACGCUAUCACAUGUAAACUUUUAAACUCGUAAACAUUUUUUGUUUGCUCCUAUAGUUUUUUGUAAGUUUGGCCCGAGCGCACUGCGCCUAAUGUACUUAUCUCGUGCAAUAACCUUUGCGCUUAGCGAGCUCUUGAUAUCUUGAUAUACACCAAUGAUUUUCUGUUCUCUUCCAUCUUUUUUUUUUUUUUCAAUUUUUUUUUUUUUUUUUUUGCAUGCAUCUUCAAAAUGUUUUACCUUUGGAGGCCUACAGUAAAGGCCUUAAUUGUGAAUAUUCUUUUCAUUUUUAUGAGCAUAUUUGAUGCUCACAGCAUGUGAGAAUGUCCGUUUUUUAGCAGCACUGGAAAUUUGUACUGCAUUUGCUUAGUUGGUGUCGUCAGUGUCCCGAAGCCUUGCUAAAUGAACAGCAACAUGUGUGCCAGUUACGAGAAUAGCACAGGAAUAGCAUUAGUAACAUGAAUACUAACACAAUUAAGUUUAUGUGCCGUCUUGUUUUUACCGGUUGGAAAUCCCAGGUGCUUCUUGCAUGUGCAUACUGGUGGUCUGCUGCAACCUCCAUUUUCAUUUCGGCACCUCCAUUAUCAGCAGAUAGACUUAUGAGACUCAUUUGAAGGAAUACUAAAGGCAAACAUUGAGUAAAUCUAAGGGGAUAGAGCUGUAAAAUACCAUUGUUCUAAAAUAGGAAAAGCAUCCCUUAUACCAAGUAUAAGAUGAUGUUAACAUGAAACAGGGUUUAUGCCGCUUCUGUCAAAGUACAGUACUAGCUCCCAGAGUAGUGUUAUGCACGCUUUAUAAUUUGCAAACAGUGUAGUAGCAAGAUAUUUGUUUUAUUUAAACUGGAAAGGAAAUGCAGCUUGGUCAGUUUUAUUUUUCUUGUAAAACUUGUUGAUGUUAUUGAUUGACAGCACUUUGUCAGGGCUCCCUGUACAAGUACAGCACCUUCUCUUUGUGAUCUACUUGCAGCCAGUGAUGGCGAUCAGCAGAGCAUAAGUUUUGAGGUUGCACACACGAUAUAUCUCUACUCCUGAUCUUUGUGUUCUGAGCAGCAUUCUGGCAAUGCACCCUACCUUUCCUUGCGUGAAUUACAGUAACACGGCAAGUCUUCAGUUAGCUGGCAGCGUUUUCAUGUGAUGAGCUUGUGAUAGAUUCAGAGAGAACUUUGAAUCUUUUAAUCACAAGCUAAUUACAUAAAAACCCUGCAAGCUAGCAAAAGACUUAGUGUGUUACUGUGACUCACCCAAGGAAAGGUAGGGUGCAUUGCCAGAACGCUGCUGAAAGAAUAAGAUCAGGUGACUGCUUAUGUUAUGCCACCUUCCUUUUGGUGAUUUUUGUUUUUGUGACUUAAGUUAGUGCAAUGCAGUAGUGUUGCGCUGUUUACUCUUUACCAGUCUGUAGGUCUUAAGUGGUUUUAAGCUCCUAUAACAUUUGUAAAUUUAUCAUGAAUUGAUGGCCUUAACCAUGUAUUUUAGCUGCAUAUUGAGCUAGAGUUUUACAUUACUAGUAGUACAGUUGCUGACUGAUUAUUCGGACUUCACCGAAGAGCUGUCAUCUUCUGCCCAAAAACUGGUGUAUAAAGGUGACUGAAAUUUCGGACACCAUAAGGUACGUUGCUCUUUUUGGACAUGAGCCGUGUUUGCGAUGACGUAAGGAUUGUGUCCAUGAACGAAGUUGGUGUCAUUUAAGCUACCACUCGUGAGGCAGUUUUUCAACUAUGUGUGUUGUGCGGCCACUAUGAAUACAUCUACAUCGCAUCAACUCGGCUCCUAAAUAUCCAGAGUGUUUUAGAAUAGGGUACGCAAGUGGGUUACAUAUCUAUGAACCCAAAGUCUGCUCAGGUUUUUCCGAGACCCAAGCGGCUUCUUAUACAAGAGGUAGACCCAUAAAUUAAUGGUGUCCAAUAUCUUCAGUCGCUGACACAGGACAAAGAAGCGCUGGUUAGGCCUAACAGCCUAGUCAUUGUCAACUGGCACGACCAUGACAACUUGCCACUGACCGACGUGGUGGUGGCAGCAAGUUGCCAUGUUAAGCUUGCCUCUGUGUUUGCACAAAUGGCUCAUUGGGGAUCAGGCUUAAGAUCAUGUGCAUAGUUAUGUACCGAAGGCAAAUCUAAAAGUAGCGUUCAGGUUCAUAUGCAAUGGGCCUGUACCUGCAGCACACGUACAUGCCUACCAAGUUCACUGUGUGCUUACUUGAAGGAAAGGGGUAAACUCGCAUGUAGGCGGAAAGCUUAGAAGUGAAUUUGAGCAAAACAACCUAAACUGCAGUGACGGAGGUAGAGCUGCACAAUGGGUGAACGUGGAACACAUCUGCACCUUUCACCAUGACAAAAUUUCAAGCAGACAUUAUUUCACUGAAGCAGAACACUGAGCAAAUAUGAAUACAUUUUCUGCGUGUCUGGUGCUUCAAGAACAAAAUCUUUUCUUGAAAUUAUUUUUUUUUUCUGACCAUCGUCCGCGUCCCAAAAAUCUGUCAACAACUGUACAGCACUAGUAGUAUCUCAAAAUUGAUUACAUUUAGCUAUUUUAUUUCUCUUUUAAUAUGUACCAUAGUAUAACCCAUUCAGAAUAGCCAAGUAUUGCUUUUUAAUUCUGGCAUAUGUGUUCUUUAUGCAUUAACUUUUCAAGUGCAAGCCAACUUUGUCAUGGAUUACAUUUGGACGUAAAAAAAAUGAAAGUAGUUGCUCUGUGAGGAACUUGCAGAAUGUUCGAUGUGUUUGGCACUCCUUCGUCAAUUCUGUUUAUUUGGUGGAAUACUGCUUUGGUGGGACAUUCACUGAAAGUUGCUGCAGUCACCUUUCUCCUGUAGCUGAGAUGAAUACUUGGCAACAUACUGUGGAUAUACUGUGCAACUUCCACGAUGUGUGUGCGAUUAUACAUUUUUGAGAGCUUGUACAUGUUGCAAAUUUUGUCUGCCUGUUGUCUGGUGCAUGAGCUGGGUUUUCAAGACACAGUGGCCAUGACUGGAUGCUGCUACACUGCCAAUUUUCAUGUGUGGUGCAUAGUUUUGAUAGUGUGCGUGAGGCCUCUUUUGGAUGAUGCCGAAUGUUAUUUUUAUAUCCGCUUUGGUGUGUUCACAAAUAAACGGAAACUUUUUGGCA